CUGUGCAUGGCCAACAGAUAGUUUGGUGACGCAACAAGGAGCCACUGAGGUGAUGUAUGGGCCACGGAGCGGAGAGCGCUUCAACCCACCUUCAUUUAUGCAAAGGGACCGAUUCAGCCGCUUCCAGCCCACCUACCCAUACCUGCAGCAGGACAUCCACUUGCCGCCCACCAUCUGCCUGUCAGACGGCGAGGAGCUGCCGCCCUACAAGGGCCCCUGUACCCUGCAGCUCAGAGACCCCGAGCAGCAGCUCGAGUUGAGCCGUGCAUCCGUGCGUGCGCCCCCCAACCGGACCAUAUUCGACAGCGACCUGAUAGACGUUUACGUGCACGGAGGCGGCCCGCGGCCCCCGAGCAGCAACUCUGGCAAGAGUGCCUCGAACUCGCACGUGGAGGAGCCGCCGCCCACCUAUAGCGAGGUGAUGGGUCAGACGUACCCAGGCUCCACCUCCUUCCUGCACCAGCACAGCAAUAACACACCACCCUCCAACCAGAGGACAGCCAGCCGCUCCGCCCAGCCUGGCGCAAGCACAACCCUGUUCGUCAAGGUUAAAGAUAGCCGGCACGACAAACCCGUGUGACUAGGACACACCUGCAGAGGGCAGUAGAGAGCGCACAUGCUCUUUGGUACUUCCUCCUGGACCUAAAGGGGACCUAAACGCUCCCCUUGCACAAUUUGAAUCGAAAAUUGAGGAACCAAGCUUACAAAGUUUAUUUUUUUGAAUUUGUAUUUUUAUUUGAUUUCGUUUUGUUUUUGCAAGAACUUCGGGGCCUUGUAUGGAUGUUUGGGCUCCUCGGCUAAAUCUCUUUGUUUGGUUGGUUUUGUAUGCUUUCCUGUAUUUAAAGAACACGAGUGUUGGCACAGAUUGUUUGCGUGAGAGACCACACAGGUCAUAGGAUUGAGACAUUUUCUAUUUGUUUGUGUAUUUCCAGAACUCGUGCACGAAAAAACUGUUCACAACCAAUCAAAAUCGAGUGCCAUGAAAAAAAUCUUAAAUCUUGGGGAUGUGACUCACAACAACAACAACAAAACGUCUUUAUGUUGCACUUAUUCUUUCAAGAGUAGAAACGCCUACCCUUAGUUACUUUUCAUACGUCAAUCCACAUGGCUCCUGGGAUUUUUUUUCUUCCUUUUUGACGUUUCGCGUUUUCCUGAAAUGGAGAUGUAGAACUCUGAUCCAGCCUAAAAUCUCCACACCUGAACUGCAUCAUGGCACUUAUUAAAAAAAAGAGGGGGUUUAACGAGCUGUUCAAAUUCCAGAUCUGACCAAGUGAGAGAUAUUGGCAUGGAUAUCUGCGGAUGGAAGUCUCACGACACACACGCCACUUUCAUCCUGUCCAGUAGCACUUUAAACUUGCAUCACUUCAGCAUUGUCAUGGGGUCCAAGUGCAAGGGAAUCAUGGGAACUGUAGUCUUAUGCACAUCCUGUCCCCUUCUGAGCGAGUGUGUCAUAUCUCAUAGUUUGUUGUCCACUAAAAAAAGCAUGCAUAUAGUUUUGUUUUCAGUUAUCCAUACUAUACUUUAGUUCACGAUCAUAUAUGGAUCUCAUAUUUUAUCUUUUACUCUCCUCUCCUGGAAUGCCGUUUUAUUCCGAGGCAGCACAGGAACACGCUUUUAUCUCUUUAUUAUUUGUCAUCAGUAUUUAUAUCAGUUCAAACGAAACGUGUACCAAUCGUGACGAGGUACAUCCCCCUUUUUCUUUCUUCAUUUGAAGUCGUAUUCAAUCACACUUUGGAAUGCUUUCAGAUGUGUUGAUUGUGUUUUUGACCACACCUGAGCUUUGUUAAACCAUCGUUCUUUGGCCUUCCCUUUAGAAAGUCCCAUAAAAAACCUAUUUAUCAACUAGCUAUUUAUUAAAGUGACCAGUUUGAGAGCAUAUUUAGUCAAAGUGGACUAAAAAAGCGCCACUUUGCUUUCUAAAAUAGGCUUUUAUAUGACCUUUUGCCCCCUUGAAUAGCAAGACUCUCCUGUCGCCCAUCCGCUUCGGCUCUGAAAGCUUGGCUUCCCGUCACUCAUUCUGACCGCGCAGUUUGAGUUCGUACUGUAUUGCUGCUGCCGCUGCUGCUGCUGCUACCGCUACUGCUGCUGCUGUUGUCCGUUAGUUAUUGUAGGCCUAUGUCCACUUCCCCAUUACUUUAUAUUCGCAUAUCAACCGAGACAUAGAUGUUCGUUCUUCGUUUUGGUUUUUCGUUAACAUUAGCGUGUUUUCGCCGCCAUAGUCGUGCUAGGAAAACGAACCCAAAUGUGUUUUUUUUUUGUUGUUGUUUUUUUACGUUUGCAGCCGAGAGGUUUGCAUGUUACUAUUUACACGAGCAAAUUCGGUGCCUAACAGUCAUGUUUAAGCAGACAUAGAAACCCACUUGCACUCAAAAGCCCCCACCUUUGUUGUGCCUCACUUCCUAUGGUGCUUCUUUCAGUAGUCGGACUCUGUUUAUUUGUACGGUGCUGUAUAUAACUUGAAUAUAUUAUGCACAUAUCCUACCCAAUGGGUAGAAAACCACAAGAACGCAUUGUUAAUACUGUAAUAUAAUGUAUAGAUAAUAUUAAAAAGAAAACUUUAAACACGGUGGCAUCAAGUUUUUGUGAAUGCCUUCAAUUGUGCUUUGUCUUUUUUGUAAAACAGAGUAAGUUUGCAAAGAGAAAUGCUACAGUAUGGUCACAGAAAUACAAAAUGACGACUUAUAUAUAUAUUUUUUCCUAUACAGUAAAUGCAAAUCUGUUAUGUGCUGAAACAAAUAUUCUGAUUAUAAGGCAGUUAUAUAAAGGAUAACUAGCUGCUGCUUUUGUAACUUCCAGAGAACGAAUUAUAAAUGCCAGCGCUUGUCAUUUUAUUUAUUGAAGUUUAUUUUGUGACUGCUAGCUGUUUGGACGUGUAAUAACCACCACGCAGAACAAUAACGUCAUUGUACCGCAAUUGUCGACUUUUGGGCUCCCACUCGGCCUUUUCUCCGACCCGGGACAAGGUUUAGUGGUUCAUAUCAAAACGCAGCUCAGGGUGAGGCUUUAUCGGCUCGGUGGGACGUCCGUGGCAAACGGUUAACAUUCUGUUGUUGUUUUUAUGCACAUAAUCGAGUUGUGUGGAAUAUAAAAGAGCAUCAAAUGAGGAAAAUCCAGCCCAUAGCUGAUCGUUACUGCAUGUUCAUGUUGUCAUUAUUUCCUCGGCGUAGCAGUCUGGUUCCGAGCUCUCCUCUCCAGAAACACGCGCUUCAAUGGAUGACUGACUGAAGACUUGUGUGGGUGAGUUCAGCAUCUCGGUCCGUGGAUCUGGAAUUUCCCACCAAUCCACAGCAAUGUUCUUCAUCGGGCUUGAGCGAGAACACAUCCCAGGACUCUACGACCUAUAUUGUGGACUACAAUUUUUUUUAUUUUAGAAGAAGAAACCGUUCAGUGAGCGAGGAACGCUGCUGUCCUCACGCCUUUUUUGUUUUAUUUUUAUUGUUCUAUUUAAUUGUGAUGUCAGCGGUUUUCAGUUUGAGGUCUGUUAAUUGCAAUACUUUUACAGGAAAAAGGUGACUAAAAACCCACUGAAAAAAAAAAAUCAUAAAAAAUAAAUAAAA